AUAAGACCCCAUUCAUUUGUUUUUCUAAAGCUUCGACUUUAAGUUGUGCGUCUGGUACAGGUGGGUACACUGACCGGAACUGACGUCAUUGUACGGUUGAUUGAAACAGACAACACCGCUGAAAUGCGUGAGAAACCGGCAAACGAAAAGAUGGCAGCUGUAUCUAUGAAUCCACUUUGGACAUCGCCAUCUUCUUUGCUGCUCUUUUCGACGACGUUUUUAUUUUGGACUAUAAGGAUAUUGGCCACUGCUUUGGAUUGCAACUACGAUCAACAGUUCCAUGUCUAUAGAGAAGAUGAUGGCGACGUUUUCACUAACCCUUGUCAGUACGUCGAGCCGAAUAAUCAGCGCCACUGUUACGACAACUGCUCGGGGAUGGAAGCAAAUUUUGUGGGGAAGUUUACGUUCGAUGGUGGUGUGGAGCAGUGUGCUUGUAAGUGUCGUCAGAGCACGCACGUAUUCGACGUCGACAGACAGGUGUGCAACAACACGGAGCUAGCCACAGGUUACAGUCAGACACAGUGUUACGUGACGGUUGGAGAUGCUCUCUAUGAGACGCUUGAGAUCCCAGCAGGCCAGUCGUCAGUUUUCCUCCAGCCCAGGACCGCCUUACGUCUGAGCGGUAACCUCCUGACACAGGCGGGGGCAUGUCAGGUCACAAACGAGCUGUACUUGGACAGAACCGGCGUGUGGCCGCUGGGCUACAUCUUCAGCUACAGCGGGGCCGGUGGACCGUUCUUCAGACUGAGCGCACGUUCAGAUGGAUACAUGUACAUUAAGUGGAGGGGCCCCGCCCACCUGUCCCCCUGUGUGGACGGACUGAUCAUACAGUUGGACAUAUCGUGUAACUCCAGCCCUCCGACUUGUGUUAGGUUCAAGUUGGAUGGUACGGCGGCGUAUAGCUACCAGUCGGGAACACCUCCCUGUAACUUCGGAACUGGAUCCGGAUCCGGCCUAGGUCCGAUGUCUGUCACUCACCCAAUAUCAGUUAUGACCAGCCCUACUGUAGCGACUCAAACACCAUCACCAGUAACUCAAACAUCAUCGCCGCCAGCGUCAUCAAGUAAUCUAGCGAUGAUAAUUGGUGUUGCUGUGGGUGUGGUCCUGGCGCUAGCAGUAAUAGGUGCCAGUAUCGCAUUCCUGUUCUACAGGGCCGGGAAAGUUGCAGGGAGACAACGGAGCACAAUGAGAACUAAUCUGCCCGCUAGUGCCAGGAAGAAAAGCGGCGUAGCGAACCCCGCCUACUCAUCGCAGAAGGGCGCGAACGUCCCCCCGCCUGUCCCGCCGCGUCCGGGCGAAGAACCUCACUACUACAGCUCCGCCGAUCCCGAGGACAUCUACAUGGAGCUGGACGGAACACAGCAGCGGAGCCUGUAUAGAAAAGACACAUCGCAAGGUGGCGCGUAUACAUCGCUGAACGCAGAUUUACGGGCAGAGAAAGACAAGGGGGACGCCAGUAAAGGCGAUCCUGAGCCGCCCGCGCCACCGCCGGUCGGGUCUAUACCAGGAUACGAGGGUGUGUAUGUGGAACCACAGCCAGAGAAGACAGAUCCAGCCAAUGAUACAGACUAUGAAGGCUACAUCAUGCCAGAGUCAGAAGGAAAUGGCUACAUAGACCUGAACGGAGGGUCUUCGAACUUAUGAUAAAAGCUUUUAUUUUGGCGUCUUUCAAUUAAGAUGAUAAACUAAAAAAAAACAGGGCAACUGACUUUCAUCGUCAUGGAUCUUAAUAUAUUGUUAUGAUUUACUUAUUAUGUAUCAUUUAAAAUGUUACGAUAUCGAAGCCUUUGGCAUAUAUUCUGGUGAAUGGAUAGUGGAUUUGAUAUAAUAUUACAUGCAUUACUGUGUAUAUUCAAACGAACAUGUAGUAUUAAUAUUGGUGAGUGAGUUACUUGACAUCACCUGAAAGGGUCAAUGUCAUAACUGUUAUAUAUAUAAACAAACCAUAUAAUUAUAUAAAUGUUAAUUCUAUAAUGAUGUAUCGACAAUCUGUUUCAUCUUGUUUUGUUCCAUAUGAAAUGUAUACAACUGAACAAAUGAUUUUGCUGAAGCCA